AUGAGCGCAAUUCUACGCCGGAUCCAAGAGAUCCAAGAGUCCCUUUCGGACGAUGCUCUCCUCCCCCUCAAAUCUUACAAGUACUCGAGCGUCGACAAGUCGUUCAUCUCGCAGUACAUCCUGAGACAUUAUUGGAAUGCCUUUGUCGAACUCCUGCCCAUGUGGAUGGCCCCGAACAUGGUUACCCUGCUAGGGUUCCUGUUCAUCGUGGCUAAUGUGUUCUUCAUUGUACUGUUCAUGCCAGAUCUGGAAGGACCGGGUCCUACUUGGCUUUACUUCAGUUUUGCUCUGGGCAUGUGGAUGUAUUCCACUUUGGACAAUGUGGACGGCAAACAGGCCCGUCGAACGGGAACCUCUAGUGGUCUUGGAGAGCUUUUUGAUCAUGGAAUCGACUCGUUGAACUGCGCCCUUGCCAGUCUUCUGGAGACUGCGGCCAUGGGCUUUGGUGCGACACAGCUCGGUGCGUACACUGCGCUGGUGCCCUGUCUCGCCAUGUACUUUUCUACUUGGGAAACCUUCCACACGCACACCCUGUACUUGGGCUACUUCAACGGCCCGACCGAAGGCCUUCUCAUCGCCAUUUCCAUCAUGAUCGCCUCGGGCAUCUGGGGACCGGAUAUUUGGGCUCGCCCCAUCAUUGAGCUGGUGAACUUGCCCCAGAUCUUCGGUAACGCCUCGGUGAAAGAUCUUUGGCUGCCGAUUCUCCUGGGCGGGUUCUUCCUCGCUCAUCUCCCGGGCUGUGUCUACAACGUCGUUGUUGCCCGCCGCAAGCAGGGUCUGCCGUUCACCCCGCUUCUCAAGGAAUGGGUGCCCAUGAUCGCCUUCACCAUCCUCAACGUUGCUUGGCUGUUCUCGCCCUACUCGUCAAUCCUGAAGAAUAACCAUCUGAUCCUGUACUGCUGGACCAUCUCUUUCGUUUUUGGCCGCAUGACCACCAUGAUCAUCCUGGCCCACCUGUUGAAGCAACCCUUCCCCUACUGGACCAUUCUGCAGUUCCCGCUUGUUGGAGGUGUUGUGCUGGCGAACCUGCCUCGAAUUGGCCUUCCACAGGUCAGCGCCUGGUUGGAGCUCAUCUACCUGUGGGUCUACUUCUUCUUUGCCUUGGUGGUCUACUCGCACUGGGCUGUUCUGGUCAUCAACCGCAUCACCACCUUCCUGGGUAUCAACUGCCUCACCAUCCGCAAGGACCGGGGGGCGGAUCGCGACCGAGCCUACCGCGAAUUCGGUGAAGACACCGAACUCACCGAGCCUAUGAACGGCGAAUUCGACCCUACGAAGGACCAUUAA